AUUUGGGGCUGGAGCAGAGAGAGCAGGAUGGCGUCUGGCGCCUGGAGAGUCCUGCUGCUGGUCAGCGUGGCCGCGGCCCUCACCCCGGCGCGGGGCCUGAGCCACCGAGAGGCCGUGAACCUCGCCCUCGACACCUAUAACAGAGGCUCGGACGUCGACCGCGCCUUCCGGGUCUUCGGCUCCGUCCCCCGGCCCAGGCCGGCUCCGUCCCCCACCACCAUCCCUCUGAACUUCACCGUGAAGGAGACCGUGUGCUUCAAGAGGGAGAAAUUCGAUCUGGACCAGUGCGACUUCAGAGACCGCGGGCUGGUGAGAGACUGCACCGGCUUCGUCUCCACGGCCCAGCGGCCCCCGACCGUCACCAUCUCCUGCGAGGGGCCCAUCCGCACCAAGAGAUUCCUGUUUUCACUCAUCAGAGCCACCUUUUCAAUUGGAAGAGCCGUUUCUGCCACCGUGAGGGGGCUCAGGUAUAGGUUUCGGCGGAAUAAACGGAGGAGGGGUUAGGGCCGGGGGCCUCGAGAGCAGCGGAACCCGCCGCUCCCCCCGACCCAGACCGCCCCCGUGCUCCUGCUCGCCAACCUCCCGCAGCAUCUCCCCGGGUGACGAGAAGAUCGCCAGGCCCAACAGAGCGAGGUCUCUGCGCGUCAGCGCUUCACUCUGGUUUGCUUCUUCCCCUUGCUUCGCCGGCCAAUAAACGUCUUUCCACACAGGCCGCUCGCCCGUGGGCAGGGAAUGGGUCUGUUCACCGCUACACCGUGCUCUCCCCGCGGCUUAAGACACAGUGAGCGCUCAAUAAAUACGACCGAAUGAACCGA